AUGGCUAUCCUUUGUCUUCCUUGGCGUCAUGCUUGUGGCAAGAGGGGGAUUAGCUCGCAAGUUCGUCACGACCUUCCUUCGCUGCCGCUUUAUCCUGCCGAAUACUUCGGAUUCUACCUACUUUCCUUCCAUUGUUUUCUCUUUUCUUUAAAUUUUGUCUACUACUACUACUUAGCCUGCUUUGCGUCUUGUUGCUUGACUAGGGUGUUGAGGCGAGAUAUAUCGUUAUCAUUACUAGAUACCAUUUGA